AUGGCAGUAGUACCUGCAAAGAAAAGAGGAAGACCUAGAAAAUCUGUGGUAGCAGAAGUUGCCUAUGACAGUUUGGGCAUACCAGUAUCUGGAGAUUCAGAAACUAAAAGGCCCAGAAGAAACGCUUCGAAGAAGGCGGUUGCAAAUCUGGCGCAGUUAGUGAAUGUUGAUCGCGAUGAUGUGAUAAAUACUGCACAAGUCAAUAAUGUUGAUGACACCGACGAUGACGAUUUUAUAUUGAAUGAGGAAGGGGAUAGUGAAGAAAGCGACAAUGUUGAGAUCGAAUGUGAGAACGAUUUAGAGCCUGCUGGAAAUGAAGUGUCGGACCUAAACGGUAGUGGAAGUGGGGCCUCUGAUCGAUCUAACGGUAAGAAAAAGACUGUCCAGAAACCUCGCCUCAAGAAAGCUCUGGCUAAAAAUGUGAAGAGCGGCUUCCCAGGGUCAAGUCUGGGACAGAAGGGCCGUCCUAUUAGGCUACUAAAAGAUCUUUCAAGUGCAAGAGAUAAGAUUGAAAGAAUUUACGGAGUGAAUAGAGAAAAGUUAUUACUGCUAGCAAAGGUUAAGGAAGGCUUCGAAACUAGCGUUUUUGAUUUCCCAUUCAAGAAUAUCCAGCCAGAUUCCCCAUAUUUCGUAUGUCUAGAGCCACCAUGUAAUAGGGAAAAUGCAUAUAAUAAAGUUAUUGGGGAUAAAAACAAAACUAUAUAUCAUGAAAUUAAUAAGAUGGAGUUUGAAAAUAUGGUUAAAUUAAGAACGAAAAGAUUGAAAUUACUUAUUGGGGGAGUCGAUGCAGUGGUGUCCACUGACGAUAAAAUAGACUUUCCAGUGCUUCCUAACGGCAAAAGACAUGGGUUUAUUUACAAUGUAGGAGGAUUAGUAACUGAUAUUGCAUGGCUCAAUAGUGAUACAGGUGAGAAUAUACAAUAUCUUGCCGUUGCGGUAUCGCAGUACAUGGAUGAGCCUCUGAAUGAGCAUCUGGAAAUGUUUGCCAAGGAGAAACACUCCUCCUGUAUACAAAUUUUCAAAAUGAAUACUUCUGAUCUACAUUGCGUAAAGGUUCAAACUAUCGUGCACUCAUUUGGUGAGGUGUGGGAUCUCAAAUGGCACGAAGGAUGUCGCGCAUCCCAUCUGGUUGGCUGUUUAUCAUUCGUGAGCCAGGAAGGAACGAUAAAUUUCUUGGAGAUUAUUGAUAAUGCAACUGAUCUUCACCUGUUUAAGAUGUGCGAGAAGCCGUCUUUGACUUUGUCAUUGGCAGACAGUCUGAUAACUACUUUUGAUUUUUUAUCUCCUACUACCGUUGUUUGUGGUUUAAAGAAUGGGUUUGUGGCAGAGUUUGACUUGACUGACCCAGAAUUACCUUCAUUUUACGAACAAGUCCAUGAUUCCUACAUAUUAUCCGUUUCAACAGCUUAUUCAGAUUUUGAAGAUACGGUCGUCAGUACAGUUGCGGUGGACGGUUACUUUUAUAUCUUUAACCCAAAAAACAUAGCUACAACAAAGACGACGGUAUCUAGGUUUAGGGGAAGUAAUUUGGUUCCGGUUGUCUAUUGUCCUCAAAUCUACUCCUACAUCUACUCAGAUGGCGCGAGUUCCUUAAGAGCUGUGCCGCCUAGAGCUGCUUUCGCAGUUCAUCCUUUAGUGUCGCGAGAGACAACCAUAACGGCCAUUGGAGCGUCAAGACUACAUCCAAUGGUCCUCGCUGGAUCAGCAGAUGGAAGUCUGAUUAUAACGAACGCAGCUAGACGCCUUUUGCAUGGUAUUAAAAACGGGUCAGCAACUCAAAAGUCAUUAAGGCUUUGGAAAUGGGAUUAUAGCAUAAAAGAUGACAAAUAUAGAAUGGAUAGUGCCUAUGAAGUGUAUCCACUGACAGUUAAUGAUGUUAGUAAAGCUAGAAUAGAUGCGCAUGGGAUUAAUAUAACGUGCGCAAAAUGGAAUGAAACGAGUGCGGGAGGUAAAUGUUACGCAUUUUCUAAUAGUGCCGGACUAUUAACACUCGAAUAUCUGUCAUAA